GCUGCAGAUAUUCCGCUCCAAGAAGUUCCCGUCGGACAAGCUGGAGCGGCUGUACCAGCGCUACUUCUUCCGCUUGAACCAGAGCAGCCUCACCAUGCUGAUGGCCGUGCUGGUGCUCGUGUGUCUCGUCAUGCUGGCCUUCCACGCGGCGCGGCCCCCGCUCCAGCUGCCUUACCUGGGCGUGCUGGCCGCUGCCGUGGGUGUGAUCCUUGUCAUGGCCGUGCUCUGCAACCGCGCCGCCUUCCACCAGGACCACAUGGGGCGCGCCUGCUACGCGCUCAUCGCUGUGGUGCUGGCCGUCCAGGUCGUGGGCCUGCUGAUGCCGCAGCCGCGCAGCGCCUCCGAGGGCAUCUGGUGGACCGUUUUCUUCAUUUACACCAUCUACACGCUGCUUCCCGUGCGCAUGCGGGCCGCGGUACUCAGCGGGGUGCUCCUGUCUGCGCUGCACCUGGCCAUCGCCCUGCGGCCUGCUACGCGCUCAUCGCUGUGGUGCUGGCCGUCCAGGUCGUGGGCCUGCUGA